AUGACUUACGUCAAUUCAGAGUGGCUGCGUUACUGCAGAACCGUUGUCCCUAUUGAGAAAAAUAGCUUUGGCAACAACAAUACCUUGGCAAUAGGAUGUGCCCAAGAGUCGGAGCCUACACCACUUCUACCAGAGCUUCCUAAUGGAGCCGAAAGAAAUCUGAACAAUAUCACAUUCUUCAAUGGAGUCUUUCAAAAUGUAGAAAGUGUUACACUGUUUUUUGACUGUCUGGGUUCUCACUUCACUUGGCUUCAGUCUAUCUUCACUAACUUCCCUGCAUUGCUCAAUUUUGUGAACAAAAUGAAGUGCGUGACUGGACUUUGCCCAAGGGAUUUUGAAGACUAUGGCUGUUCUUGCCGGUUUGAGAUGGAAGGGCUUCCAGUGGAUGGAACGGACAGCUGUUGUUUCCAGCACCGCAAAUGCUAUGAAGAAGCAGUCGAGAUGGAGUGCAUGUGGGAUCCUGCAAAGAUUUCAACAGAUUUCAGCUGUCUUACCAAAAACCUCACCUGCAGAUCUGGGGACCCUUGUGAACAGUUACUCUGCAACUGUGACAAAGCUGCCAUUGAAUGUUUCGUGCAUUCACGCAUUAACUCUUCCUUGAACGGUCUGGAUGUCUCCUUCUGUCCCACUCUGGUUACAGAGUUUCUUCAUCACAGGAAUGAUAAAACACUGCUGACAACAACCUCCAUGGAAGAAGUUACACCAAGCAGGCCCAACCACAUAGAUGUGAGAACAACCAGAGCAGGAGUGACAUCUCCUGAGCCCGAUGAUGUGGUCCUGAGGACUCCCCAAGCUGGAGUGAUUGCAAGAGAGCAGGAAAGCACCACUGCUACCUUAACGGAGCCAACACAAAAAGUUACUACAGUGAAAGACACAGACACAGCCCUGGAUACAAACAAAGGAUUUAUGGAGGCUGCUUUCACAGUGGAGGGAACAACCACAGCCCCUGCAGAUACCCACUCUGCAAACUCAAAAGAGAGACCCACGGAAAAUGCUCCUGCCAGGACAGCCAACAAAGACACAGCCGUGAAGAUAGGAGGAGAGGGCACAGCCUACUCUACUGUAUCUCCAGAAGUGCCACCUUCUGAUGGGGAGCUGGAGCUUGACCCCUAUGUGGGCAAAGUCUGCGACCGAUUUACCUUUCUGCAAAUAAGAGGGAAUGGGAAAGUGAAGCAGGAGCUGCCCCAGCUAGGAGAAAUGCUGUAUUGCUUGACUGACCGAUGUCCACAGGAAUUUGAAUCUUAUGGCUGCUACUGUGGCCAGGAAGGAAGAGGUUCUCCUGCAGAUGUACUGGACAGGUGCUGUUUCUCUCAUCACUGCUGUAUGGAACAAGUUAGAAAACUCGGAUGCCAUCCGGAGAGAAUUUUGAGAUCUGAAGUUGUGUGUUUCGAUCAUAAACCAAAGUGCAUCGGCUGGAGUAUGUGUGAGAAGCUACUGUGUUCCUGCGAUCAGACAGCUGCUGAGUGCAUGGCUGCUGCCGUUUUCAAUGACAGCUUGAAGGUCCCGAGCCAGCAAGACUGCCAAGAGGAGAAAGCCCUGUGUUGGAGUGGAACACAUGGAAGGCCUUCAAGUGGCUCAGGAAUAGGCACUAGAGCAUCCAGCUCUGAGGAGAGCAGUGAGGAGGCAGGUCCAAGGAGUGUUUUAAGAAGAGUAAAGAGAGGUGCACGCUUUUCAUUUGGAAAGGAUUACUCUGCACCACUGCACGGGAGAUAG